GCCUGCGGCCAGCCGCAGCAUGGGACCGCUGCCGCGGACUCUCGAACUCUUCUACGAUGUGCUGUCCCCCUAUUCCUGGCUGGCCUUCGAGGUCCUGUGCCGGUAUAAGAACAUCUGGAACGUUAGCCUGCAGCUGCGCCCGACCUUAAUUGCAGGGAUCAUGAAAGACAGCGGAAACCAGCCGCCAGCUUUGCUUCCCCGCAAAGCCCUAUACAUGAAAAAUGACGUCAGGCUCCUGGGACAGCAUCUCCAGGUUCCCAUCCACUUACCCAAGGAUUUCUUCUUUGUGAUCUUUGAAAAAGGAAGUUUGACAGCCAUGCGCUUCCUCACCGUCGUGAAACUGGAGCACCCGGAGUUGCUGGAGAAAGUGUCCAGGGAACUGUGGAUGCGCGUCUGGUCACGGGACGAAGACAUCACGGAGCCCCAGAGCAUCCUGGCCGCUGCAGAGAAGGCUGGCAUGUCCACGGGACGAGCCCGGGAACUUCUGGAAAGGGUCUCAACACCACAGGUGAAGAACCAGCUGAAGGAGACCACUGAUGCAGCCUGCAGAUACGGGGCCUUUGGGCUGCCUGUCACUGUGGCCCACCUGGAUGAUGAAACCUACAUGCUGUUUGGCUCUGACCGGAUGGAGUUGCUGGCACACCUUCUGGGAGAGAAGUGGCUGGGCCCUGUGCCUCCAGCUGCAACUGCCAGACUUUAAGGAAGCCCAG